AAAAGAAGAAGAAAAAUCCCCGCGACGUCACUAAUGUAACAUAGCCUCUCCGAGUCGAACACAGCAUCUUGCACUUACACUGUAACUGUAACCAAAGAGGCGAAGCCCGCCUCCCCCACCCCGAUGUAGAUCAAGUACGAUACAGUACUUCAUCAAGAUCAGAUCAAGCAUGUGUCUCAGACAAGCCACAGAAAAAGAAGAAUAAACAAUAAGGAGUAUGCCAAAAGUGGGGACCAAGUGGCGCUCACGGCAUCUUUUCGUCUUUUUUUCCCCCCCUUUUCCUUUUUCGACUGUAGGUAUAUAUGUCUUCAUUCGAGGGUCGAGUCACGUCACGCAAAAGCCAUUGAAUCGUGGAACAGCUCGUCCUCCCUCCUCUCUGGUGUCCUACAUCGGGCACGCGACAUGCCAUCUUCGGCCUAGUAGUUCCUGCCACAAUCCAGAACCCAGGGAAGUCAAGGCCGUGUCAAAGUCGCGGCCUGUGGUGUUGACACACACGCGGGCGCGCGACUCCCCGUCUUUGGGGGGGUCAAUUACCACAUGCCACGCAUCUUCCGCCUCCGCCUCCGCCAAUUCUGACAGGAGAUGGGAGGGGGGGGAAGGGGGGGUUUAUCCGAGGGAAAACGACAUGGACAAGAGGGGUUUGGUGUUGGGAGGAGUAGGUAGCGGUGCGGUGAGGCGUGUGAGAGGAAGAACAGUCACGGCACGGCAAGUUUCAGGACCAGACCACCAUACAGUACAUUGCCUGACAGGUUUUUGAUUUCUCCCUGAGGCAUAGUAGUAGUAGUAGUAGUAGUAGUAGUAGUAGUAGUAGUCGCUGUGGAAGGUGUUCCUGUGAGUGUUGGUUUCCCCUCCCUUCCCCCUCUCUC